CUCCAUCCUCUCGAAGACACAGAGGGAGGAUGGCAUCCAACGCAAAGACCUCUCCUUCCAAGCCCAAAACCACCACCUCCAACGACCGACCCCACCUAAUCCACGCAACCCCAACGCAAAUGGACACACAAUACGUCAACAUGCUCCUCGCACUCGACAGCAUCCCACGACUCCACAACAUCCUAGCCGGGUUCUUCACCUGGAUCCUCUUGGCGGGGUUUGUGUUGUUUCCUGGUACGUUUACCAGUUUGCAGAAUGCCAAUGUAACGACGGCAGGGGGGGAGGUGGGGAAGAAGGUGUUGGGUGCCGUUGCGCAUGUUCCGCUGUUCGUGAUUGCGUGGAUAUGUUGUGGGAUAGGGACGAUUGGGAUGAUGUGGCUUUGGUGGAGGUGGAGUAAUAAUUAUAUCUGGAUUCUGAACCGGAUAUUCCUCCCAGGCCUACUCAACUCUCUCGCAGGCAUAAUAUCAACCCUCGCCAACGCGCUCGGUGCACAACACGGCACGUUUUCACGUACGGCGAGGGUGACCAUCGCCGUAACCUCAGUCGUAGCCUUUGUAUGUGGGGUAUUGGUCCUGGUGUAUAGUUUGUGGAUCCUAAGGAGGGUCAAGGCGAAGCAUGAUAGGGAAGUUGGAAUAGAGCGGGCUGGGAAACAUGGUGAAGGGAGGGUGGAGAAAGUCUAACGAAUUAUUUGCCUAUUUACUUACGCGACAUACGGACUUUUAAAAUUUCUAUGCU